AUCAAUACACACAAAAUCCCCAAAAUUCCUUUAAAUACCUCUCAAAAUCAAAAUUUCUCUGAAAUCAUUCAGAAAAAUCUGGCCAUGGGAAAUACCGAGAAGCUGUUGAACCAGAUCAUGGACCUCAAAUUCACCUCCAAAUCACUGCAACGCCAGGCGAAGAAGUGCGAGAAGGAAGAGAAAUCCGAGAAAUUGAAGGUGAAGAAGGCGAUCGAGAAAGGUAACAUGGACGGUGCUCGGAUCUACGCAGAGAAUGCCAUCCGUAAGCGCACCGAGCAGAUGAACUACCUGCGUCUCGCCUCCCGACUCGAUGCUGUAGUCGCCAGGCUCGAUACCCAGGCUAAGAUGACCACAAUUAACAAGUCCAUGGGUAAUAUCGUCAAGUCUCUUGAAUCUUCCUUAGCCACCGGCAAUUUGCAGAAAAUGUCAGAGACAAUGGAUAAAUUCGAGAAGCAGUUUGUGAAUAUGGAGGUCCAGGCAGAGUUUAUGGAUAGUGCUAUGGCUGGCUCUACUUCAUUGUCCACACCCGAGGGUGAAGUCAACAGCUUGAUGCAGCAAGUGGCUGAUGAUUACGGGUUGGAGGUUUCUGUUGGGUUGCCACAGCCUGCCGCCCAUGCCGUGCCGACCAAGACGCAGGAGAAGGUUGACGAGGACGAUUUGUCAAGGCGACUUGCUGAGCUUAAAGCUAGAGGUUAAAAAAAUGGUGGAAUCCAUUUGAAUGAACUUGUGAUAAAUUGUAAGACUGAUAUUUAGGAUUAUGAUUUAUGCUUAAAGAUCUUGUUGUAUUUGAAUAUAGUACUGAAUUGGGUUCCUCUUUCCAUUGUUACAUGUUGUUCUUGUUUCAUAUAAUUGAUCUGGUGCCUUUAGUGUG